AUGCAAGACAAGUGGAAAACUUACUAUGCCGGAUUGGAGGAACUAAAGGAUCUUACCAUUCCCCGAAAAUGUAAACCUCAUCCUAGUGACAAGGUCGAAGUACAUGGAUUUUGCGAUGCAUCAAUGGAGGCAUAUGGAGCAUGCAUGUACAUACGAAGUUUAGAUAAAGCUGAUAGAUGGCACUCGCGUCUUUUAUGCUCAAAAUCAAGAGUAGCUCCAUUGAAGGGAGCUACUAUACCACGACUUGAGUUAAGUGGAGCGCUCCUCUUAGCGCAACUAGCGACCAAGGUAGCAGAAUCAUGGGACAUAAGCAGUGCAACCAUGUGCUUGUGGACUGACUCUACGAUAGUUUUAGGAUGGCUUAAUAGUCAUUCCACAAGGUUAAAAACGUUUGUAGCUAAUCGAGUGAGUCAAAUAUUAGAUUUAACCGAAGUCAAUCAAUGGAGACACGUACGCACACAGGACAAUCCCGCCGAUCUUAUAUCACGAGGCAUAAGUCCGGCAGAAUUAAUAAGGGCAGACAUGUGGUGGAGUGGACCCAAAUGGCUGGAGGAAGACAAGUUAAGUUGGCAAAUCCAACCUACGUUAAUGAAGAAUCCGGAAGAACUACCUGAAAUUCGUAAAUUGAAGCUGGUGUUAACAGCAACCAAUCCGGUAAUUAAUAUGAUCAACCAAUAUUCUGAAUGGAACCGUAUGCUUCGAGGGAUAUCCUGGUUAAGAAGAUAUAUAAAGUACAUCAAAGGGGAUAAAGGUUCAAGAGAGCCACGGCAGCUCCAGAUAGCAGACCUGAGAGAGGCUAAGGUUUCAGUGUUAAGGAUAGUGCAACAAGAAUGCUUUCGUAAAGAGUUCCUAGCGCUGGAAAAGAGGCAAGAGGUGCCAAAAAACAGUAAGCUGCGGUGUUUAAAUCCAUUUAUAAAAGAUGGAUUGAUACUGGUUGGUGGAAGAUUGGAAAACUCAAACAUCAAUGAUAACCGUAAGCAUCCCAUUGUUCUUCCUUCAUUUCACAAGAUCACUGUUAUGAUCUUUGAAUCCUAUCAUCGCGAGCUUCUUCACGUUGGACCUCAAACAUUGCUAUCUGAAGUGAGACGUCAAUAUUGGCCCUUACUGGGCAGGGCAAAUGCACGGGUGGUAGUACGACGGUGUAUCAAUUGCAUAAGAGCGUGUCCACGAUUUGACCAACCACUAAUGGCAAGUCUUCCGAAAGAUCGUCUUCAAUGUGCGAGGCCUUUCACAAUCACAGGCAUUGAUUUUGCUGGGCCUGUUUACGUACGCAGCGGUUUAAGACGAGUACCAGCAAAAAAGGCGUGGAUUGCCAUAUUCGUAUGUUUUUCUACAAGGGCCAUGCAUUUGGAACUUGCUGAAGACCUCUCCAGUCCUACAUUUUUAGCUGUUUUGCGCUGUUUCAUGGGCCGACGAGGCAAAUGUGCCAAAAUCUACAGUGAUAAUGGCACAAAUUUCGUGGGAACUCAGAAGGAACUGGUAUCCAUGAUGAAAAAGGCUAGUGACCAGGUUGUAAAGGAAGGAAUCGAAUGGCAUUUCAACCCUCCCUCAGCGCCACACUUUGGAGGGCUUUGGGAAAGUGCAGUAAAGAGCACUAAACAUCACUUAAAAAGAGUAAUGGGAGAACACAAACUCACCAGCGCAGAGCUGCGAACUCUCCUUUGCCAAAUAGAAGCGUGCUUAAAUUCAAGACCAAUUACUCCGCUUAGCAGUGACCCAUCCGAUAUUGAAGCUUUAACCCCGUCCCAUUUUCUAAUUGGAGGCCCAAUGUUGAUUCCUGAUGAACCAGACAUCUCGGGGGAACCAGUAAGUGCCCUUAAGCGUUGGAAGUUGGUUCAGAACCUUAUGCAAACCUUUUGGAAUCGAUGGUCAAAGGAGUACCUUCCACAGGUACAAACUCGCGGAAAGUGGACAAGCAAGGGAACCCAACUAAAAAAGGGAGACGUGGUGAUCAUAAAAGAUGAAUGCCUACCACCUACAAGAUGGAAGUUAGGUUUAGUGAUCGAAACUCAUCCAGGAGCUGAUGGAUUAACACGAGUAGUUACGUUAAGGACAGCAACUGGAGCGCAAAUGCGUCGACCCACCGUGAAGUUGUGCCGCUUACCAGCACAUGAAGAACAUGAUUCGGUUGAAAAUCAUAAUUUUCAACGGGGAGAGGAUGUUGGAGCCGAACGCUAA